GAGUUGAAGGAACAACCCACCGAGAAGCCUUUGAAGUAUUCCAUGUUCGCGCAAACAGAGCAUACGAACAGUUUUACUCAAACGGAACAGAACAAUUCAAGCUACAGUGGUCAGCGGCAGACGCAGCGAGCCGCGAUGUUCGACCCCCAACAAAUUCAGCAGCAGCAAACUGCUCAAGGUCAGCAGUCUCAGCAACAGCAACAGUCCCAACAAAUGUACGUUACUGAGAAGAAAGAGGACAAGUCUCAGCAGCAAUCUACUACGGCUGAAUUUCCUUUUUAUUACAACGUUAAUAUGCUACAAAAAGUGCAGUCAAAUGCAGUGAGCACCAUUGGACAAAUCACAACUGAUGACAAAGGUUGUUAUCGGUUUGACGUACAGCCCGUCGGGUACAACACAUUGCUAAAUCAAAUGAGUAUAGCCGCAGCCACUAAUUCGACUUUUAAAUGUGACAUUUGUGGCUUAGUUUUUGGUCACAUGAGUUUACUUAAUCACCAUAAAAGGAUUCACAACACAACUCCUAAUAAUCUGCAACAGCACCCACAGCAGGUUGUACUGCAAACACCAACAACUGUCACAGUUUCGACAACACCCGAAAGACCACAUACUUGUGACAUUUGUGGCGCUUGCUUCAUUUUACCAGGUGAACUCAAAAGUCACAAAACAAACACACACCAAAAACCCAAGGUGCAAAUUUGUGAAGACUGUGGAAGUGAGGAUGCUUGUGAACAUCACCCAACAAAAGUUAAGAAAACAAUAAAACCUGGUCACCAUCCUGUAAAACGAAGGGGAGUUACAAGUGUAACAAAAUGUCACAAAUGCAAUGGCACCGGAAUCAUUUUUAUAGGUGGAAAGCAAAACAAUCAGAACCAACCAGAGAAACCGUUUCAUUGCAAUGUUUGUGAUGGCACGUUUUCGAGAUAUUCAUCGCUUUGGUCCCACAAGAGACUUCAUUCUGGAGAUAAACCAUUCAAAUGUGAAGUAUGUGGUUUAGCCUUUGCCAAGGAAAAUUUCCGAUCCUGUAUGCUGGUUUUGAGGCAAAUUUGGGAAUUUUUUUAUCAAAUGUCUAAAUUGUCAUGUUUUUGCAUAGAAACGCUAUACAACGCUAUGUUCGUCACAGUCAUUGGCAUCGAUGUCUGUGAUAAUAGGCAUGUCUACGUUAGUGCAUGUCUCACCAUGGCAACUGGAACACAGCCAAAGAAGAUUCGAAACAAAUAUAGUGCCCAAGAUAUUUGUAAAAUUACAGUGCAACUGCCACUUCAAGAUAUUUCCUCUAGUAAACUCUCUGGCGAAUGGAAACUUCUUCAAGCAGAAGAGUUACCAGGGUUCAAAAGUGAGGAACGAAUUGAUCACUAUUGGGCAUUAAAUAAAAAAGUCAAGGAUCUUGAAGCUCAUCUGAAGGAAUUAAAGAAACAAAAAGGCUUGACGAAGAAGAGUUCUGAUAUACUAAUAGACAAAGCGAAAACUCUAUUAGAUGAAGCACUAAAGAAGAACGAUCUUCAAGCAGCCCACGUUGCACGAGGAAUGAUAGCCGCAGCAGAGAACACGAGACCAGCAGAAAGAACGAAAGAAGAAGAAAUUUCAAAAUUGGGCAGCGAAAUUGAACCGAAAAAAACAAAAGUUUUUAGUAGACUACUACGGGGGAAAAAUGAAUUCAAGCAACAUGAGGAAGAAGGCAGUACAACGUGUUUAGCUAGCCAAGCACAGGAAAAACAAUUGAAAUCAAAAAGAUGGCGAGGGCAUCAAUUUGUUUACGUGGAUGAUGCUUUGUUUGGAGCAAGCGGCAUUGAUUCUGCUCGUGAGACCUGCCAACAACUAUCUGAUUUGUUAGCGUCUGCUGAUUUCCAUCUACGUAAAUGGGCCAGUAAUUAUGGCGAGUUACUGGAAGGCGCACUGGAGCAUGUUCAUAAUCUCAGAAUGAAGAACUGUGGCAUAGGACCCCAUUGCGAUUAUGAAGCCCAUUCCAUUCCUUCUACAAAAUACACCGGCUCCUGGGUUCUCCUUAUUCAUGGAGCAAUCUAUAAACAAUUUGUCUCCAUCACUGGGCAGGUGGUACAAACUCUUCCGAGAAGACCGAGAAAGCACCAUUGCCAGCACGCAAUGUUCGAUCUAAAUUCGAAGGCGUUGCUCACUGUUUUCUUCGAUUAUCAUGGCGCAGUGCAUCAGGAGUUAUUACCACAAGAUCGUGCAGUUAAUAAGGAGUGUGACAUCUGCGAAAUAGGAUUUUCAGAUCGGUUUGCACUAAAACGUCAUCGAGCGAUUCAUGAAAAAUAUGGGCAAACUGCAAGGAAUCAAAAUGCUAAUAGUAGUAGUAACACACAGCAGGGAAAUGCCAACAAUCAGCAGCAGCCGCAACAGACGCAGCAAGGUCAACAGGUAGUGGUAGUAAAUGCUACAACACCAGUCACUGUCAGCCAAGGACAAGCAGUUCUCCUGGAUGACGUCUACAAAUGUCAAGUGGCCUUUCCAGAGCCUAAGUGAUUCCACUAAGGAGUACCUAUGAGGAAGUAAUGGACCGAUUAAGUUUUUUAAUCUUUUAUACAUCCGAUACAACACAACAAUUUGGAGCUUUAGAAUGUCAAGACGUCAAUGUCAAAUGUCAAGGCGACUUGGAUGGAAUAAAUCUAGCGAAUUCUUAAGCUCAGAUUUAGUGGACACUGCUGAAACUUGUGAUUAUGCACAUUUAGUGAAGAAGUAAUAGGUGAUAUUAAACUACGAUCGGUGAUUUGAGGACAAAUGCUUUUGUUUUUGACAGAUAAUUACGUUUGGCUACGUAUAUUCAUGGAUUUGGUUUUAGGAACUGCAUUGCUUCCAAAAUACUGACCUGUAGUGACUUAAACUCCAAACUGCCAUCGAUGAUGGAUGGAAUAUUUUGUGAAUUCUUACCAAUGAAACUACUAAUAAAAUUCAAUUUUUCAUUGGA